GAAGAGGGCUGGCGGCUGCCGCUUGGUGGUUGGGAGGUCCCAAGUCAGCCUCAGCGCUGCUGAAACUUUCGCACGAAUUGUAACGUCGUACCUGGUUUAUUAUCCACUCUCAACUUGAAAAAGAAAUAAACGGUAGCAAGAAUGUCGAAGAAGAAGACGGGACGAGGCGAAGCUAAGAGCAAGCCUGUGGGGAUGGAACAGGAUGUCCUGGCUACAACCACAGACCAAAUUGUCACCCUGCAGAAUGAGUAUGAUGAAAUUGUCAAAGAGCUUAAGCAACUGAAGUUGAAGACUUAUGAACUACGGAAAGAGAAUGACUUCCUAGAGAAGGAAGCACAGCAGACUCGUCUGGAGACGCAAGAAUACAUCCAGCAGAUGGCAAAGAGGUCGGACAAAACGCAGAAUCAAAUUAUCAGCUUGAGUGACGAAAACCAGAGGAAACUAGAAGAAAUCAGGAAUGCAAAGGAGAAAAUAUUGGCUGACUUUGAGUCUCAGAAACAAGAACUGAAAAAUAUUCAGAUUGAGAAAGAGACUGAGCUGGUUCAGAUUAAUAAGGAGAUCGAGAGCCUGAGUGAAUAUAAAGAACUGCGGGAGAUACAGCUAGCCAGGAUCCAAGAGCUGGACAAGCAGGUGAUGGAAGCCCGGGCCUUGCACUCUCAGAAGUUGCACAACCUCAUGGUCAAGUUCAACAAAGAGAAGGCUGAGUACAAACAAAAUGCCAAAAAGAUGGUGAAGCAGUUGGAAAAAGAAGCCAACAAGGAGGCGGUCUGCUGCCUGCUCCAGCAUAUUGAAGCGAUCAAGAAUGAGAACCAGGAGAUGCGGGAUGAGCUAGUUUGCCUGAUUCGUCGCUCCCGUGUCCUCCGCCAGCAGCAGCUGGAGUUGGAGGAGCAGCAGGGCCAGUUGCUCCGGGAGAGGGAAUACUGCGCCAAGCUGAGGGCACUGAGGCACAGGAAGCAUCUCGGUGAGUACUCCCAGCUCCAGACCAAGGAGGCAGACCAGACCCAAGGAGAAGCCAAGGAUUCAGGAACAGCCAGAGACUCGGCUGCAGCCAGCACUGGGGGAGGCAACAGGGUCAGAGGGAGUGAGCAACGGAAUGGAGAUCGAAGAGGCGGAAGUCAAGUAGCUGGAGGAUUUGGAGGGAGUUGAACCAGCACAGUGUCCGAUGAUG